GACGUCCGGUGUGGUGCUGCUGCUGGUUGUGUUGCUGCUGGCGGGCUAGCUGGGGGCAACAAGGGAACGAGACCGCCUUUCGGAACAACUCCCCACCGCCUCCGCUCCCUCCAAGGUGCCUGGCAGAGGGGGGAAGUGGGAGAGAGUCAGCGAGAGAGAGGGAGCGCGACCGUGCAAAGGCUGAAGUCCCAGCGAGCCCUCACGAUGAGCACCCGAGGGGAAGGAGCCGGCCAGCCUUCGACUUCUUCCACCGCUGCCCAGGAGCAACCUGCGACCCCGCCGAAGAGGGGGCGAGGGAGACCCAGGAAGCAGCCACAAGAACCCGCUGGAGAGCCAUCUCCUAAAAGACCAAGGGGAAGACCCAAAGGGAGCAAAAACAAGAGUCCCUCAAAAGCAGCUCAAAAGAAAGCAGGAGCCACUGGGGAAAAACGACCAAGAGGCAGACCUAGGAAAUGGAAAAUACAGAUAGAUUUACUCAAGCAUCAAGCACCAAAGUCAAGGGUGGUAAAAAAUGAAUGGGAAGGCCAUGUUGAAGAUCAUGGUUUCUUAGCCACAUUCACUUAUAAUCAGCUUCAGCACAUGGCGGUGGUGAACGAUUUCAGGGCUUGA